UAUAUUAGCAUGACGCAUAAAGCGGUGAAGAAGUAAUCAUAUCUAUCUCGUAUCUUAUAAUGAAUUUAUCUAUAAUAUUAUACAUUGUAUAUACGUAAUGGGAGUAAUUUCAGCAUCCCGACCAUCGUCACUGAUUUGCUCAUUAUAGCUGUGAUUCAUACGAAAAAUAACAGAUGGUAUUGGCGUAGAAGAAUUUAUUUACUUCAGAUUCGUCAUCAAUAUUUCUCAUCAUUUAAAGAAUGAUGUUAUUCCAAAUAGAAAUGAUUGGUGGGAUGACUGUGAAAUAUUUCUUGUGAACUGAGAUUAUUAUAUUAUUAACAUUCUAAUUUUUUCUUUCACUAUCUGGAAUAUAUUCAAGAGUGAGUUUCUGCCAUCAACAGAUAUCAAUAAACAUUGAAUGUGAUGGAAAUUUUAAAGUAGAAAAUAUGAAUAAAACAUAGCAAUUAGUGAGAAAAGAACAGUAAUGGAAAAUACAUUACGGGAGACCCCAAUUAAAACAGAGUCUGAAAGCAUUGAUUUUCCUGAUGAGAUGCUGAAGGUGAUGAAAAAAACAUCAUACCAGUGUGGUAUCUGUGGUAAAUCAUAUUCUGAAAGAGGAACAUUAACUAAACACAAACGUAUUCAUACAGGAGAGAAACCAUAUCAGUGUAAUAUCUGUGGUAAAGCAUUCAUUUCAAGUAGUUACUUAACUAUCCAUAUACGUACUCAUACAGGAGAGAAACCAUAUCACUGUGAUAUUUGUGGUAAAGCAUUCGCUCACAGUACCCACUUAAGUGUCCAUAAAUACAUUCAUACAGGAGGGCAGCCAUACCAUUGUGAUAUCUGUGGUAAAUCUAUGUCUUCAAAGAGUAAAUUAACAGUACACAAACGCUUUCAUACUGGAGAGAAGCCAUUUCAGUGUGAUAUCUGUGGUAAAACGUUUUCUAUAAGUAGUCAUUUAACAACUCACAAAUAUAUGCAUACAGGAGGGCAGCCAUAUCACUGUGAUAUCUGUGGUAAAUCAUUCUCUGCAAAUAGCCAAUUAACUAUACACAAACGCAUUCAUACAGGAGAAAGGCCGUAUCACUGUGAUAUCUGUGGCAAACCAUUGUCUGACCCACGUAACUUAAAUAGUCACAAACGUAUUCAUACUGGAGAGAAACGAUAUCUCUGUGAUAUUUGCGGUAAAUCAUUUUCUCACAGUGGACAUUUAACUGCUCACAAAUGCAUUCAUACAGGAGAAAAGCCAUAUCCCUGUGAAAUCUGCGGUAAAUCAUACUCUAUCAAAAGUGAAUUAACAGUUCACAAACGCAUUCAUACCGGAGACAAACCUUAUUCCUGUGACAUCUGUGGCAAGUCAUUUCCUCGUAGAGAGACGUUACCUAUCCACAAGCGUAUUCAUACAGGUGAGAAGCCAUAUCACUGUGAUAUCUGUGGUAAAUCCUUCUCUACAAAUAGAAACUUAACUUACCAUAAACGUAUUCAUACAGGAGAGAAGCCAUAUCACUGUGAUAUCUGUGGUAAAUCAUUCUCUCAAAGUGGUAACUUAACUUACCAUAAACAUACUCAUACAGGAGAGAAGCCAUAUGACUGUCGUAUCUGUGGUAAAUCAUUCUUUCGAAGUAGUGCGUUAACUGUACACAGACGUAUUCAUACAGGGGAGAAACCAUUUCGCUGUGAUAUCUGUGGUAAAUCAUACUCUGUAAGUAGUAACUUAACUUACCAUAUGCAUACUCAUACAGGAGAGAAGCCAUUUGACUGUAAUAUCUGUGGUAAGUCUUUCUUUCGAAGUAGUGAGUUAACUGUACACAAACGUAUUCAUACAGGAGAGAAGCCAUAUGUCUGUGAUAUCUGUGGUAAAUCAUUCUCUCAACUUAAUCCCUUAACUAAACAUAAACGUGUUCAUACAGGAGAGAAGCCAUAUGACUGUGAUAUCUGUGGUAAAUCAUUCUCUCGAUGUAGUCACUUGACUAGGCAUAGACAUAUUCAUACAGGAGAGAAACCACAUGACUGUGAUGUGUGUGGUAAAUCAUUUGCUGAGAAAAGUCAUCUAAAGAGACAUAUCAGUGUUCAUCAUGAUGUGUGAUUCUGUAUCAAAAUUCAGCUUGUAUGCUAAUAAAAUCCUAAUAACUGGUUCAACUGAAUGUUUGUUGAUCAAAUUA